AUGACCCCCCUGCUUCUGCUGUGUGUGUCCUUGCCCCUCAUCUCUGCAACAAUAUUGUUUAAAGACCAUGAAGACAUGGAUGGCACGUUGCGUGUCAGCAUCCCUUUGGAGAUGCCUCUCCGUCCUCUCCUGGGCAGCAAGGUAGUGAUACCAUGCUACUUUCAAGACAACACAGUCAAUGACCCUGGAGCCCCAACCAUUGCCCCGCUGUCUCACCGCAUCAAAUGGACCUACGUCACCAAGGAGAAAGUCACCACGAUCCUUGUGGCAUCAAAGGGAAAAGUUAAUGUUGAGACAGAAUAUUUGGACAGAGUGACAAUGAUCAACUACCCACUGGUGCCCACUGAUGCCACUCUGGAGAUAACAGAGCUGAGGUCCAAAGAUUCUGGCACUUACCGCUGCGAGGUGAUAAACGGCAUCGAGGACAACUAUGACUCUGUGGACAUCCAGGUUCAGGGUAUUGUGUUCCAUUACCGAGCCAUCUCCACCCGCUACACCCUGACGUUUGAGAAGGCUAAGGCAGCCUGUAUCCAGAACGGUGCCACCAUCGCCACUCCAGCCCAGCUCCAGGCUGCUUAUGAUGAUGGAUACCACCAGUGUGAUGCUGGAUGGCUCUCUGAUCAGACUGUUAGGUACCCCAUCCAGGAGCCACGAGAGCGUUGCUAUGGAGAUAAGGAGACCUUCCCUGGCGUGAGAACCUAUGGCGUGAGAGAUGUCAACGAGACCUACGACGUGUACUGUUUUGCUGAGAAGAUGUCAGGCAGAGUCUUCUAUUCCAUGUCUGUAGAGAAGUUUACCUUCUAUGAAGCAGGAGAUCAGUGUGUCAAACUUGGUGCCCGGCUUGCCUCCACCGGAGAGCUUUACCUGGCCUGGCAGGCUGGCAUGGAUGUGUGUAAUGCUGGCUGGCUGGCAGACAGAAGUGUACGCUACCCCAUCAAUAUCGCCAGGCCUCAGUGUGGAGGGGGGCUCCUGGGAGUGAGAACUGUCUACUUAUUCCCCAACCAGACAGGAUACCCCUACCCAGACUCUCGCUACGAUGCUAUCUGCUUCCAAGGUAAAUCCUUCAUGGAAACUGGUGAGGAUGAUGGUGCCGUACCCGGGAGGACCACUCCUUUCCCAGACAUCAUCCGCAUAACACCCGCCCCUGCGCCGUACCCAGAACCCACCCGCUUCCCUGUGGAUGAGGAGAUCAUCGGUGGAGAAGUCGACACCCUCUUCCCACUGCCUGUCCCACCCGGCGUGACAGACACGUAUUCUAAAGUGACACCUGUGGUGCGAGAACCUGGACUCGAUCUGACAGACAUGGAUACUGCCAUGGCUCCCACAGUGCAUAGUGAGGAAAUAAAGAUGAAAAAUAAAAAUUACAUAAAAUUUGACUUUUUACCUUCCUUCUGUCCAAAUGUCCCUCAUUUCCCAGGUGUGGUGUUCCACUACAGACCCAUCACCGGUCGGUACACUCUGACCUUUCUGGAAGCUCAGCAGGCCUGCAAGAAUAUUGGGGCGGUCAUUGCUAGCUCCCAGCAACUGCAGGCAGCCUUUGAGAAAGGCCUGCACCAAUGUGACGCUGGCUGGCUCCGCGAUCAGACUGUCAGGUAUCCCAUCGUGUCACCCAGAGAUAACUGUGCUGGUAAUCUGCCACACCUCCCAGGAGUCAGAUCCUAUGGCCUGAGGCCAGCAAGCGAACAUUACGAUGUAUUUUGUUACGUGGAACGUCUGCAAGGUGAGGUCUUCUUCACCAGUGACUAUGACAGCUUCUCCUACGAUGAGGCUGUGCAGCACUGUCAGAAACUCAACACCACCCUGGCCACCACUGGGCAGCUGUAUGCUGCCUGGAAGCAAGGGCUUGACAAGUGCCGUCCAGGCUGGUUGAUGGACCGCAGCGUCCGCUACCCCAUCACAACCCCCAGGUCCCAUUGUGGAGGUGGUCAGGUUGGGGUCCACAUCAUCUAUGCCUACCCCAACCAGACAGGGUUUCCUGAUGAGCACUCACGCUACGACGCCUACUGUUUUAAAGCUGAAAUUCCUGUUGUUCACGUUGAAACUGAAACCAGUGAGAAUCUGACGACAGUGACAGUGGAUGUGGAUGUUAUUAACAAGACAACAGUUACAAUUGAUCACUUUGCUCCCACAGUGAGACCCACUUUACCUCCAGUCUCCGAGUCCGGCUCUGGUUCAGCUGAUCAUUCAGCCACCUACAGUGCCAGUGGUGACGACUCUGGUUCAGGACCAAGCAUUAUCCUCAGCGGAGAUACUGACUUCUUCUCUGGAGAUCAGUCUGCCUCUGGAGGUCCGCAGGAGGCAGAAGGGGGAAGUGCUGUGAUUGACACAUCUGGAGAUGUUGGUAGUGCAUCUGGAUCUGGGGAGGGGCUUGACAGACAACACUCUGGCUUCAGUGCAUUGGGAUCAGGUUUUAUCAGUGGAAGUGGGGACAUCAGUGGUAGCAACAAAGUCUUCACGAUCAUCAUGGUGGAUGGGAAGAUGGUGGAGGUGCCGAAAAUUCACCAGAAACCCACUGAGCAGGAGUUAGGCCAGGGAGGCAUUGAUACCAGUGGGGCCAUCUUGGAAUCAAGCACGUCUGGAUCAGGAGAUUUGUCUGGGUCAGGCUCUGGUGAAAUUUCUGGCAUUUCAUCAGUCGACCACAGUGCCAUUGAUCUAACACCCCAGCCGUCUGGUGAGCAGGAGGUGUCUGGAUAUCGCAUCUUUGAAUCAGGGUUCCACAGUGGCUUUCCAAGUGGUUUUCCAUCUGGUGUCUCAGGCAGUGGCUCUGCCUCUGGGGACUCUUUCCAGCAUCACGGUGAUGUCAUUUACCUAACAGACACUGAUUUGAUGGAAGUGACCGUACCGCCACUGGCCCGCCACCCUCAGCAGGGCCGGGGGGUGGUGGAGAUAAGCGGGGAAGGAAGUGGGUCAGGGAGGCAUAAUGACUUCAGUGGCACUUUCUCAGGAAGUGGAGACCCUCAUGAAAAAACUACCACUGAGAAGCUUUCUGUCACCCUACCACCUGGAUCUCAGAUCACUUACACUGCUUACACCAGCCCACCCACAACACCAUCAGUGUCAUUAGCAACCCCUGCUGUUGUGGCGCAGCCUUUAGUGAAUGCCCCUGCGGACCCUUGUGAUCCAAACCCCUGCAGUUCAGGAUUCUGCUCUGUGCAGGGAGAUCUCGCUGUGUGUCAGUGUCCUAAUGGUUUCACUGGUGAAGACUGUUUGACACCUGGGCAGGGCUGUGCCGAAGGCUGGUUGGAGUUCAUGGGCAGCUGUUAUCUCCACAUUACGAAGAGAGAUACCUGGUCUGACGCUGAGCAACACUGUCAAGAGCAUAAAGCCCAUUUGGUCAGCAUCACUUCUGAGGAGGAGCAGAAGUUUGUCAACUCCAAUGGUCAGGACUACCAGUGGAUUGGACUUAAUGACAAAGAUGUGCAAAAUGAGUUCCGCUGGACAGACGGCAGUCCUAGGACCUUUGAGAACUGGAGGCCCAACCAGCCAGAUAACUACUUCAACUCUGGGGAGGAUUGUGUGGUGAUGAUCUGGCAAGAGGGCGGACAGUGGAAUGACGUGCCCUGCAACUACCACCUUCCAUUCACCUGCAAGACUGGACCUGUCAUGUGCGGAGCUCCCCCUGAGGUCAAACACGGCCGGCCGAUGGGCACCAGCAGAGAGCGCUACCCUGCAAACUCUAUAGUCCGCUACCAGUGUGAUGCAGGCUACACACAGCGCCACCGGCCUGUCGUACGCUGUCUGCCAGACGGACUGUGGGAGGAGCCACAAGUGGAAUGCACAGAAGUUGGCGCCAACAGUAACAGGCUACACAAAAGAUCCCUCUGGAAAAGAAGUAAAGAGUUCAGCAGCCAACAGGAACAGAGGAAGCUGCUCUGAGCAGGAAUGAAAGGACAUACAACAGAAAGCCACAAAGGACCCCUCUUGUAAAGAAGCAUGGACACCAAUGCAAAUGCCCGACCAAAAAGAUAGCAUUCCCUACCAUGUAUAUAUCCACACUAAAGCACAUUUAGACAGUAAUAGCGUAAUUGACUGAUGUUUUGGAUCUUUGAGUGUCAUUCUACACCUUCCAAAAGCAGUUUUCUAUGUAUUUAUACAGUCUUAAUUUAUAGCUGUGACCCAGAAGUAUUAUCUCAAUCCACAAGAUAACAUUUUCAGCAAUCAGUUGCCAGCACUGCACACACAGUAAGGUAGAUUCAAUUAAAUAGUGAUAUACGGGGCUUUAGAGUCACACAGUCCAAAACAGCCCAAUAACAGUGUUUUCCAUAGCAGCUGGAUUCUCUGAAGCAAAACACAAUGUUACAUAGACUUUUGCUAUAUUUUUAGGGUAUUUUUCUAGAUCUGUGUUUCUUAGUGUUGUUUUUUUCUUUUAUUUGGACUACAAUUGUGUGCUUCAGACUGGUGAAACAAACUGUUUCUUACAUCAUAGACAAAGACAGUGAAUCUCAAACUUUUUUUGUUGUGACCCAUUAAAGUACAGCUGUGAGCACAUGUUACCCCGCUUACU